AUGAUAUACUCCGAUGUUGCUGAACGAAAUGUUGGGAAAUCACUGACUUUGGAAACAAUUGCAAAGGCGCAAGGAAUUGUUGGAGCUGGGCACCCCCUUCAUUGUUCUGGAGGUGACCAAACAAUAAGCGGUGUUUCAGUGUAUGUUAUCACUUAUCGUAUAUAGUGUUAGUUCAAGGGCAUCAAAUUAUUAAAUUACAUUCAUUUUCUCUUGUAGCAAGAUGUUGAUGUCUGUGUUAGCAAGCACUAGUCUUGUUUGUCUGGUUAAUGAUCCAAACAUUAACACCACCUUCAGUGAUAAUCAAUAAGCCCGGAUCUUCAUCAGUGCUAAUAUGUGAUUUGUUGGUUGUCGCUGUCAUGCAGGGUUUCCUGGUAGCAUGGGCGGUGCUUUUUCAAAGGUUGUGGCUUGAUAACUUAGAAGAGCCAAUGAACAAAGUCAGAGCAUUGCCGAAGAUGCUGGUACCCGAGCAGGACCAAGACAGGUGGUAUAAGGCUGCAUCAAGUGUUUUGUACAUGUUAUGCUGUUGUAAGUAACAGACAUAUGCACAUGCGUUAUAGAGCUGAAUUCGUAUAUCAUGAUUGAUCCAGUGAUGGAUUUAAAUUUUGUUAUAUAUAACUUUUAUCUAGCAUGUAAAGGGGAAAGUACAAAACAUGGACCCCUUGUCUGGACUGGGUCCAUGGACCCCGUCUAUGGACCGGGUCCCCCUCCAUUUUUCCAAAUUUCAAUAUUACUGUUAAACAUGAUUCGUUUUCAAUUUUUAAAAAUAUUUUAGUGGUUUUAAAGCAUACGUUUGUUCUUAACAGCAAACCUCAUUUACACUCCAGUGUUUUCUUCAUACUAAAGUGAGGCUUGCUAACAACAUAUCAUGACAAAUCAAUGCACCAUGUGAAUAAUAAUAGUGUUACUGACUUGCAAAGCUGGUCAAUGAUCACAGCCUAUGAAAUUAAAGAAACCACUGCCAGCAAAGUGUUGAAAUAAUAAACCACUUUCAUUGAUUGUGCAUAUUAAUUAGCCUUUUUGGUUCAAUAUACAAAAAAGUGUUUCAAUUUUGCUUCGAUUAAUACAUUUUUGUGAGCUGUGCACUAGCUAGGUGGAUGUAUAAGUGUUAUUUGGACAAAUUAAUAUAACAUUUUGACCCUGCAAGUAAAUUUGUUUUCUCCCUGUACAGGGUUAUUUAUAUUCAGGUGUAUUCAAAAUUCCUGUUAACAUUCAUUCAUAGAUGGGGCCAUUGAGAAAUCGCGGGUCCAUGGACCUGGUCCAGACAAGGGGUCCAUGAACCGGGGGUCCAUGUUUUGUACUUUCCCCAUGUAAAGCGUCAUCAAGGCAAAUCCUGUAAUUAACAGAGGUGAAUUAACAGUUUCUAAUAUUUUGUUGUAUUUUUCGUUACAGUUUCCUAAAGUCACUGGAGUUCAUGCAGAUUUAAAAACUGCCAUUGAACAUAUAGCCAGCUGUGGGCAACUCCGCACAGAUAAGAUGCUAUCAUUUUGGAGCAUUUUGGAUGUGCAAUAAAGUCCAACUUGCAGAAAGAGGAAAAACUGGUAAAUGCAUAUUGCCUUAUGCAUUAUAUUAAUAUUGCCUUAUGCCUUAUAUUAGUGUAUAACAAGAUCGCCUUUUGCAUGAAAGAGGCUCUAUAGGGAUCACCUUGAGGCAAAUAAUUAGAAAGAUGUUAAUAAUCACAAUUUAUGACCUUGAUGAGAAUUCAUAUUAGAUGAUUUUCAAAAUGUUUUAAAUAAUAUGUCACGUUAAACUUAUAAGUAAGCCAGUUUUCCACUUAAACUGUAUUGUACCGAUACGGAGUGUAUUCAGUUCUUUGACUUUGUUUCCUGAGCACUAGAGUGGAACUAAUUACUUUGACAAAAAGAAAAUGUUACGAUAUGUUACGGUCAAAGUGGAAAACUGGCCUUAGUAUCAUGCAUUAAUUAAACAAUCUAUGGCCUAUAUAUAAUCAGUGUUAGCUGUAUAACAGAACGUGACAGGUAUAAUUAACUAUAUUUUAUAUAGCAUGGUUAAAUCCAUGUGUGUCUGUUUGCAUGGAUGAUGCAUUUGUUCCGGCUAUUGCAAUAAAAAUAAGCAAGACAGGGCAAUUCACAAGUGUUGACAACAAAGUGAGUUAUUAUCUUGCAAAUAUCUAUUCCAUAAUAAAUUCAAUGUAUAUCUUAGUAUACAAAUCAUGUUAAUCUGCCUGUUUUUGAUGAUUAAUAUAUAGAAAUUUAAACUGAAAUACUAAAAAUCUAUUUAUAUAUUUACAGGAGAUAAAAGAUCAUAUUGCACAUGCAUUGAAAGGAGAAAAAUCUUG